AUGAAAAAAUAGAACAGACUUGCUAUCAUUGGGGCUGGCCCUGUGGGUUCUGUAUUAUCAACUAUAUUAGCACAAAAAGGAUAUAAUAUUGACCUAUUCGAAAAGAGACCUAAUCCUCUAGAAAAUUUACAAUCUAACGAAUGGAGAUCAACAAAUUUUGUAUUUGGGAUAAGAUCACAAGAUGCUUUACAGAGAUGUGGAGUUUUUGAAGAAAUCUUUAAGUACUCUGCUAGACUUGAUAGGACAAAAUUCAUUUUAUAAAACUAAGAUGAGUUUGAUGUUUACUUUGGAGGUAAAACAGAAUAAGACAGAAGCUAUUCCAUAAACAGAGCUAGAAUUCAAAAAACACUGGCAAGGAGAAUUCAAGAUUACUCAGAAAAAAUAAAGGUUAAUUACAAUGCUUAAGUCCAUAAUGUCGAUGUAUAGAGCUAGACAUUUAAAGUCACUUAUUAAGAUGGUAUUGUGGAAUAAAAGGGGGAUUAUGAAUAGAUUUUUGCUGCAGAUGGAACACAUUCAGUCGUCAAGCAAGCAUUUAUAUAAUAACCAGGCUUUAGCUAUUCGCUCUAAUAUAGUGGCUAUGGCUACACUGAAUUACAAAUCCCAGCAAUGAUUGAUGAAAAUGGUAGGCGUACAUUUAGAGUAUAAGAGAAUACAUUUUUCUACUGGCCUAGAAAAGGUCUAGACAUGGUCAUGUGGGGAAUGCCUAACUAUGAAGGAGAUAUAAAUAUAGGUUUAUAUCUAAAAGUUAAAGGUGAGAAUUCAUUUGAAUACUUUAAGCAAGACUAUAAAAUAUUUGAGGAAUUCAUGCAUAAAAAUUAUCCAGACACUAAAUACUUAAUGCCUAAUAUGAAGGAAUUCUAUGAUAAAUCAUAGAUUACCAGAUUGCUUAAUAUGAAAUGUUCGCCUUGGAAUUUCGGUAAUUUAUAGUUAAUAGGAGAUUCUGCACAUUCCAUGAAUCCUUUUAGUGGCUAAGGCUUUAAUGGUGGUAUGGAAGAAUGUGUGAUUAUAGCUGAUUUAAUAGAGAAAUAUUAAGGAGAUUGGAGUAAAAUUAAUCCAGAGUUUUUUCAAUUAAGAAAAGAUGUAACUGACAAAAUGAAUGAUUUUCCUGAUACAUAAUUUUCAUUUAUUAAGGAUAAAUUUUAUGAUCCAGAUAGUCAAGUAGCAAUUAUGAUCACUGAUUACCUGUGUAGAUUAUAUGGAGAUAUAUUUGAUUCCUAAAUUUAGCUGAUAAGGUGGACUACAACUGACUAUAAUAUUUGCCUAGGAAGAGGCUAGGUGCAAGCUCAUCUUAUAAACGAACUGAGAUAAAAAGUUCCCGAUAUCUUAAACUUGAUUAAAGCUAACAAAUUAGAUUAACGAGUUUAUGAUAUUGUGUCUUAAUACAAGGGAGUGCAUAAUUUAGAGGAAUUUUUGCGUGAAAAAAGUAAUAAAGAUCAGAAAGAGAGUAGUAAAUAUACUUUUGAAAAUCUCUUUGAGAAGUAUAUGCAUGGGUACUAGAAAAAUUAACCUAAACUUUGA